UGACAGUAGUUCCUAUUUAUGUGAAGCUCAGAAUAAUACAAAUCUCAUCUGUAAACUUAUCUGCAAUGCAUAUUGGGAGUAGUAGUUCUAUUAUUUGCUUUUCCUGCUUCUGGUAUCUCUCUUGUGACAUGUAAUGCAACACAUGAAGGAAGAUUCAGAUUGCCCUUUGUUCUUGCCGUUUCUGGUUCUAAUUUGAUUCUUCACACUUCGAUAACUUUGUGUUUGGUGUUUGUGUAAUACAGGUGUGAUACAAUAAUGUCCCAAGAAGACCUUGUACAGUCUGCAGAAUCAUAUUUAUUCAAGCACAAAGGAUUUUACUUUGUAAAAAGUAUAACUACACCUGAAGCUGUAGAUGCCGUGGAACACUUUGAAGUCAGAGAAAGUGAUGUAUUUCUGGUCACUUAUCCGAAAUCUGGAACAAUUUGGACACAGCAGAUUGUGAGUCUAAUUUUCAACGAAGGACAUCGAAAUGGAACAGAAGCCAUUAAAAACACAGAAAGAGUGCCAUCAAUUGAAUAUAAUUUGUACAACAUUGAUUAUGCCAGCCGACCGUCUCCUCGCCUACUUUGUUCACACUUACCUUAUUAUCUAAUGCCAAACGGUACAAGAAAUCACAAAGGCAAAAUUAUCUAUGUAGCAAGAAAUCCAAAAGAUGUUCUGGUUUCAUUUUAUCAUUUUCAUAAAAUGAUGGAAAAAAUGGAUAAAGUUGAAGACUUUGAAAGGUUUUUCAACCUGUUUACUUCAGGAUUAGUUGCUGCAGGUUCUUGGUUUGACCAUGUAAAAGGCUGGUACUCACACUGCGAAGAUUACAAUAUUCUGCUUUUGACGUAUGAAGAAAUGAGAAAG